GAAUUAGAGUUACAAUCUCAAACUCAUCUACAAAUCUAGACACACAUCCAAGAAAGAAGAGAAACGUUGAAUAUCAUCUCAUCGAGUAUUCUAUCUAUUACAAAAAAAAAUGGAAGGAAGCUUGGGAACGAUGUUUAUGAAGGUGGUCUUGUUUGCUCUGGUACAAGGUUUGGUGUAUCUCAUCCUCACUAAGUCCUCGAGGGUUUUCUCAAAAUCAAAAUCUUUUAAGAGGGCUUACAGUUUUCGACCGGCGAGGUCCGUCAGCAUCCGCCGGAUUCUGGCGGCGCUUCAGGAUAUGCCUGCCGGUGGCGAGAUGUCUCCUUCCUCUAAUGGCUCGUCUUCGUCUUCUAUUGCCUCGCCGUCUUUACAAGAUGAUGCAGCAACAACAACAGCUACAUCGCCAUCUUAGAGACAUAUAAAUGAUCAUUAUUUGAAAUUUGUAUUAGAGAUGUUUAUCUCUAAUUUGUUAUCCCAUUAUUUUUUUAUUGGUUUUUAGUUUUUUUUUGGGAACAUUUGUUUCGUGUUUCUUUUAGUUUUGAUUCGUUAUAUUGAUGUAAAAUUGGUAAAUAUUUAUGUAGAUACAGUAUUAAGCCAUACCAUGUACAUUCCAGAACAGUUUAGC